CGGAUGUUCAUGAAUAGAUCAUAGCAGACGUCCACGCAUCUUGAUGCAAAACGUGCUGGUAGUCUAUAUCAAUCAUUGAAAAAUGAACGUUUCAACAUGAAUAACUCAGUACCCUGUCCAUAUCACCCGAGGUUCGUACCUUGGGUCGAGUAAGACACGGCAGACGACAUUGUCUGGAGACCACACAAGCAGACGACAUUGACAGGAGACGCCAGAAAGCAGACGACAAUCAACAUGAAGGAGAUUGAGCAAAAGGAGGAGUUUGACCAGCUGGUGAAGACUACUAACAAACUGGUUGUGGUGGAGUUUGGCGCCACCUGGUGUGGACCGUGCCGAAUGAUCCUGCCUUUCUUCAACCGUCUCGAGGAGGAACUAGGGGAUAAAGUCAUCUUCGCCAAGGUCGACGUCGAUGAAGCAGGGGAUCUGGCGGAGGAGUGUGAGAUCAGCUGCAUGCCCACCUUCAUCUUGUACAAGGGCGGCGACAUGGUGAAAACAUUGCAAGGAGCCAACAAAGAACAACUGGAAGAAACCAUCAGAGAACUGUGCUAGUUUAUCCGAGUAAACAGUGACAAUGUCUUAUCUAAAGGCGGACAUUGGGACAACCAUGUUGACAUCAACGCUCAAUACUUAAAUUAUAACGUUUCAUACAUAAACACGUCACUACGAAGAUUUAUGCAAAGCGUGCACUGCCACGUUCCAAGCAUAUAAUUACGUCUAUCCUUGUAUUACGUUCGAUACGGUUAAUGAGAUAAAAACGUCCAUAUGUGCAUUACGUUGAGAACAGGUAAUAUGUAGUAUACGCACAUUGUAGUUCACAUGUUUAUAUUUACUUUCGGCGCGUAUAGUAUGCAUAUCCCUCUCCAGGCUCCUCACAGCGAUAGCCCGUUCGCGGAGCUCUCUAUACUAUCGCUGCCACCAGUCAAAACUCCCCACUGUGAUAGGUGGGCCCAACCAUGCUUAGAGUUGAACUCGCAGCCGAAUGACCGUUAUGUUUACAAACAAGUGACGACUGUCGUGACGCCGAAUACACUUACCGCUGCUAAAUUACUGUUCUUUGCUUGUCAAUUUGAAUUUCUAUUUCAUUAAAACUGUCAUGUAUAUGAUAUAGUAAGAAUGUAAGGGAGACGUUGGUUGAUUUUCCGUUAGUCUGCAAUGUCGAACCAAUCUGAUUAUACAAAAAACAA